AUGUCCACUCGGGUUUCGUUCACUUCCACAGUUGGCCUUGGCUCUUCUGCCUCAGAGGUAGCUAGGUCCCCAAAACGCCCUCGCGCCGUGGUCACUGGGGGAUCUGGAAAAUUGGGCCGUGCAACUGUUGUUGACCUCCUCGCACAUGGAUGGAAUGUCGUGAACUUUGACAAACAUCCACCUCCUGCAGAUGCCCCAUCCGAGGCCGUAUUUAUGCUCACUGAGCUGGAGGAUAUGGGUCAGGUUAUGGAGAACCUAAUCGAGGUGGACUCACGAUACAAAGGCGUCGACGCUGUUGUUCACCUCGCUGCACUUCCUGCUGCAGGCAUGAUGGGCUCUUCCACUCAAUUCAGACUGAACACGAUGAGUACUUACAAUGUCUUAGAAGCGUCCCGCAAACUUGGAAUCAAAAAUAUUGUCCUCGCUUCCUCUGAGACGCUCAUCGGCUUGCCCCUAGAUCCUUGGGUGCCUGAUCGUAUUCCUGUAGAUGAAACCGCCGAUCGUAGGCCAGAAAGCGCUUACUCACUGAGCAAGCUGGUUGGCGAAGUCAUGGCAGAGGAAUACUGUCGCUGGGACCCAAGUACAAAGAUCGUAUCCCUGCGCUUUUCUAAUGUAAUCCAGCCGCAUGAAUACGCUAAAUUUGAAACAUGGCAGCAAAACCCGGAACGCAGGAGGUGGAACUUGUGGGGAUAUAUUGAUGCCCGCGACGGUGCACAGGGCAUUCGCAAAGCGUUGGAGCAUAAACCUACUGGCCACCAUCAAUACAUUAUCGCCAACAACAAUACCGUGAUGCGCACGCCGAAUGAUCAGCUCGUCGCGGCCGAAUUCCCUGGUGUACCCUACACGCCGACUCUUGGUUCGCACGAUACAUUGCUUAGCAUUGACAAGGCGAAACGAGAGCUUGGAUUUGCGCCCGCGUAUGACUGGCAAGGGUAA